AUGGAAAACAAUGAGAUAAAGAUUGUUAAGAACCAAGAUAUUAUUUUGAAUGAUAUAGACAAGGCGAUUGACCGUGUUUUGCUGGGGAAAAUUGUGCAAAUCAAUGACGUUAUUCGGUUGAUCAAUGAGUUUCAAAUCAAUUCCCAGCUUCUUGACAAAGCUUUGCCCAAGUUCAUUGGAAAACUCUCCAUUCUGUACCUUGAUUCGCUAGCUGAUGAUCCACUGCUUUUAAAUCCAAUAUGCCAGAUCAUUUACAAUUUUUGUAAGAUCAGAGGGUUGAGUUUGAUCAGUACGUUAUUGUCCACAGAUAUCGAACUUUUCAACACGAUUAUCAACCGAUUAACUGACCUUUUGUCAUUGGGAUCAAAUAGUACACAUUGGUACGAAAUAUCAUUUCUUUUGCUAUGGCUAUCGGUGUUGAUCCUCUCGCCAUUCAAAUUAGACGCUCUAUUGGGGAAUUCCGAUUUGAUUCAAAAUAUCUGCUUCGAUCAACUAUUGCUUCAAAAUAGUUCUGUUAGUUAUUUGAAUGAUGUGAAUAUCUUACUUUAUUCCAAGUUUCUUUCAAGAAAUGACUCGACUAAAUAUUUGAAGAAUUAUUAUACGUUUUUACAAGCAAAUGCCAGCGGGUUGUCAUCAAACCAAACAAUUGUUCAUUUGUCAAUUUUGUUGAAAAUUUUGAAGCUUGUCAAUUAUGAGAACCAUAGCGAUUUAUUGAAAAUUCAUUAUCUUAUUGUAUCACAAAAGUUCGACCAGGUAUCCAGUAAAGAAUUUCCAAUAAUUUCGAAACUAAUUAUUAAGAACUUUGGUCAUCUAACCACAAAAUUCAUCAAUUCCGAAGAGGAAAUUGAAAAUGUCGAGGUGAUCAUUUCCAACUUGCUUUCCAUAAUAAAUAGCAAGGAUACGAUUGUUAGGUAUUCCAACGGCAAAAAUAUUGCGAAAAUUGCGGCAUUUUUACCAGAAGAGUUCCAAAUAGAAAUAUUGAAUAGUGUGCUUAGCCAAGUUGGCAUUGAUGCCAUCGAUGAUUUCAUGGAAAAUCCUGAAGAAGUAGAUAUAAACCAACACAUUACCGUCAACAUUGAUAUGGUGUCAAUGAACCAGAUCCACGGAGUUUUUGUGGUGAUUGCAGAGUUUCUUAAGCGCGGAAUAAUUCGACAACAUUUGAAAGUUGUUUACUUGCUAUUAAGAGAAUUCUUUUAUUUCCAGAAACCACAAAUCAACUCAGUACUAACUGGAAGUAAUAUCCGAGACGCGGCAUUGUACGUGGUUUGGAAUUUUAUAAAAUAUAAUGGCGAUUUAGUGAAGGAGUACAAGGAGAUUUUGGUUUCAAUUUUUAAGAAUUUAAUAUUCAUGGUUUGUUUUGAUGAUGAUUUAAUCAUUCGUCGAUCGACCAGUGCAUUACUCCAAGAAAUAAUUGGACGGUAUGGUUCAUUGAUUUGGAAUGAGUUAGGGAUUGACAAGACAAUAGCCCAUGAGUACUCGGUUAAAUUUGUCGAGCUACUAGAAUUUAACAAAUUGAAUGAUGUGGAUGCCUGCUUUUUGGAAAAUUCAACCACGGUUUUCCAGAAAAUACCUUCAAUGCAAGAUGAUUUUUUCCAAUACUUGUUGAGUUCACAAACUAGUAUUAUUGGCGAUAAUGGACCAAUAAUAAAGCUGAUGGGGAUCAGCAAGGGAGUUUAUUCUCUCCAUAAAGAAAGUGGCAAAUUAUCGUCAAUUUUACUUGGAAAAUUAUUCAAGUUGAAAGGGAAAGAAUAUCUGGCAAGGGUUUUGGAGUGUAUGAAAUAUCUUUUAGAUCGACAAGAAACUCAGAGUGUUUUAUUUGCAGUGGCUGAAUUGCUCACGAUAAUUGACUUAACCGAUGACAAACUGCUGGUUGAAUUAAUACAAAAGAGACUAAUGUCCAUGAGUUAUGAUUUCCACAGAGACUCAGUCUUUAAAGGUGAAGAAAUAUUACAUCUUUUGACGGUAUCUCUCAAGUAUUAUGAUCAUAUACCUAAAUAUAUUCUCAGUGAUUUGGUAUUCAAUAUAAUUAGACAAAAUGAUGACAAAAUUAGCGAGACGUUCAAAUCAUUUUUGUUGAGACUAUCUAAACAUGAGAAAUUGUUACUCAGUACUGCUGGGGAUGAAAAAUUUUUCAAUGAUAAGUUUUUAUAUUACAUCAGAAAUGGGAAUCUUAUCAGUUCGAGGUCGGUUGGUUACAUAAAUAUCAACUUCUUGAUCAAACACAAUUAUUUGGAACAAAUAUUGAAAUUGGUUCUUGACAAAAGCAAAUCCUUUGAUAUCAGAAUGAAUUUAAUCUUCAGUAUUGGUCAAAUGCUUCCGAACGACCACUUUAGUGAAAAAUUUGUGAACUCAGUGAUUGAUCAAAUGUUCGAUUACACGUUAAGUGAACAAGGGGAUGUUGGUAACAAGAUUCGUUACGAAACUUUAAAGGUAGUAGAAAAUAACCUUGACUAUUUUAGACGCUAUGGGAUAGCUGUCGAAUUGAAACUAUUGCGAUUGAUAAGUGAAAUAAUUGAUAGAAUAAAGUACAAGGCCUUGAUAUUAUUGAUCCAAUUAAAAUUUCCAAAUGAUAGUGAGCUAUUAAAGAAAGCACAUGAAGUUAUUGAAGGUAAUGAUUAUUAUCAAUAUUAUAAUUUUGUACUUGGCUUUUACUAUGAUAAUUAUUUGAAUCAAGAAACCCGUGAAAGGUCCCAAGAAUUUUUGAAGGGUAUAUGCUUGACCAUCGGAUCAAUCAGUGGAUCAAAUUUGAGUGUUUAUAGAUCAUUAAAUUCUUUUAUCGAGUUUUUCGACAAAACACUAAUCACUAGCGAUCUCGGAAAUUUGAAAUUGCGGAAUAACUUGAUUAGUGAUUUAUUGUUUUUGUUAAGAAAUGAUAAUAAUUCUAAAAAGCUACUUGAUUUCAACCUUCAAAAACAGGUUCUGUUUGAUCAAGAUGAGAAGAUUAAGAAUUGUUGUUUGAACAUUUUAGGUAAACUAAUAGAUUGUGAAAUCGAUCUAGUAGCCAAUGUCCCGGAAUUCAAAGAAGCAGAUCAACUUACUAUAAAGAAACUAUUCGCGAGGAUAUACAAUAUUGAGAUUAAGAAUAAAUCAAUUAGUAAUUUCAACAACAUUAUCAAAAUCUAUAAGUAUUUGGCGACAAAGAAUUUAGCAAGGCCUGAGGCUAUGAAGAGGUUUGAUGUUAUGCUCAAGAAGUUUAUAAAUAGAGAACAAUUGCUAGUAAAAGUAUUGCAGGCAUUAUACACUAUCUAUAAAGAUGACGGAGAUAACGCGCAUGAAGAAAUUGUUCAAUAUUUAGAGGACACCCAAUAUCAACUGAUUGCUCAUGAUUUGAAAAUGAAGAAAGUGAAAUUGAUUUGA